UUAACCAAAAAUAUCUGAAAUUUUAAUAAAACUAAACCAAAAUCUAAUCGAAAUCAAAUACUAUUUUUAAAAACCAAACUAACUGAUACCGAAAACUCUUUAGUUAAUCGUGCUUAAGCUAGAACAAUUAAAAGAUGGGUGCCAAUACAGAGGUCGUUUCUUCUCUAGGUGAUUUUUUGGCAUAUGGGUUUGUGCAUGCAUGGCUAGUUGGCUACGCACAAGUCUACAGUUUUAUUAAGCGUCACGACAUUUGGAGCUGGACGUUCCAGAAUACUGGCAAGAACACCAAAACGGUUUCACUUAAUUAUAUGGCGUAACUGUGAUUCACUGACAUGACGUAACUUUCUAUACGAUGUCGGUCUUGUUUGUAUGGUGGAUAAUAAAUAACAGACAUAGACAAGAGUGUAUUUCAUUCAUCCACGUGAUGAAAUCGUAUAAACACUACAGUAUGUUUUGUAACUGUACUUGUAUUCUACUUAUCGAUACGAUAAGUAGAAAAUUUUGAGGGGACGUGUUUUCAUUGGCCUCUUGUCGGUCUACUUGACGUUUGCUGUAUUGUGAUGUAACGGAUUCAAUGAUUAAUUUUAGUUUUUCGUUUCACAUUUUUGAAAUCAAACUCGAUCAUGGCUUGUGUUUACAGUUUACUAGUCUUAUAAAUCACACCACGUUAUCGUCCUCAGAGUUUCUUACACUCAUUUCAACAAAAACAAAGACAAUAAUGCAGGUUCAAAAACUCUAUUUUCUUGCUCUCUUCUUGGCUCACACCACUCUCGCAGUCAACCUCAGCCUCGAAACCUCAAACAUAGCCUUCCUUGGAGACGCAGAGCUCGGUCCUGCUUCAGAUGGCGUGAGUCGCUCGGGAGCUCUCUCCAUGACCCGAGACGAAAACCCUCUCUCCCACGGCCAAGGCCUUUGGGCCACUCCAGUCCCUUUCAAGCCUUCUUCAAACACAUCUUCUUCUCUUCCUUACCCAUUCGAGACUUCUUUCGUUUUCUCCAUCACUCCUCGCACCGAACCAGCUCCAGGCCAUGGCCUCGCCUUCAUCGUGGUCCCAGCUCUCGACAACAGCGGCGCAGGACCCGCGGGCUACCUCGGAAUCCUCAACAAAACAAACAACGGCGACCCUGAAAACCACGUUUUCGCCGUCGAGUUCGAUGUUUAUAAGGACAAGCAACUUGGAGACAUGAAUGAUAACCAUGUCGGUGUAGAUGUGAACUCACUUACUUCUGUUGUGGCCGAGAGAGCUGGUUAUUGGGUUCAGAUAGUGAUAGGGCGAACGAAAAUGUGGAGGUUCAAGGAGGUGGAGCUGAGCAAUGGAGAGAGGUACAAGGCUUGGAUUGAGUAUAGAGACUCUAAUGUUUCAGUUACUCUCGCGCCAGAAGCUGUCACGAAACCCAAGAAGCCUUUGAUCGUUGCGCAGUUAGAUCUCUCUGAGGUUUUUCUCGAAAACAUGUACGCUGGUUUUGCCGGUGCCAUGGGCCGUGAGGCUGAGCGUCACGAUAUUUGGAGCUGGAACUUCCAGAACAGCGCCUAGAACACUUAAACUAGUGUUCUGUUCGCUUUUGAGUUUGUUUGUACUUCUUUUACUCAUAACGUGAGUUAAUAAUUAAAAAAAAAAAUUGUCGCUUGAUGCAUUGAAUUUACAUACUAGUGGCCAAAUCUACUCUGCAGGCACUUUGUCGUUAUGUUGACUUUCUAUUUCUAAACAAUAUUUCACUAAAAAUCACAAAUCGAUGGAAAUCACUUAGAAUAUCAAUGGAAACAACAUCUCAUUACAGUGGACAGAUGAGUGUUUGACUAAGAAGUCCGAUAUA